AUGUCUAAUACACUCUGGGACCCUUUGGCUGUCUGUGAAAUGGGACUUGACCCUCGGGGAGAGACCAAAACCUGCCGCGGUCGCACUGAAAAAGGUGCAUCCUGCAAGAACCGAGUCAACUGGCGGGAUAUCAAAAAAGGCCAUCAAAAGCUGAUUAACCUUGCCAGUCUUCCGCUUGACUUGAUGGGCUUAGAGCUCGUUCUUUGCAAUAUAGCAAAAGACUUUCUCUGCGCGCGGUGGCAUCGCAGCCGGCAAGCUGACGAUAUUGCUCACCGAUGGUGUCAAGCAGCCGUGCGGAACACGCCGCAAGCAGUCCCCGACCUUGACCAUUCCCCUCAGCCAUCCGCGGUGGGCACACCUACGCGCCUACGAAGCUCAGAUACCGGGCUCUUGAAUUCAAACAACACCCAUCGACCGCCACUUUUGAACGAAGCGAGUCUCAACUCACCUGUCUACCCUCCCUCCGCCACAGACCCAUCACCGAGUAUGGGGUCCUUCGUCACUGCUGCAACACUGAGAGCAGACAAUAUUCCGUGGCCCAUCUCGCCAGACCAGCCCGCUUUCCUAUCGUGCGUCACCAACAUCCGGGCUGGUGUGCAGGGCAUAGAACUCCACAGCCUGGGCCGCAGUGAUGAGGUAUCUGAUAUACACUGCACCUUUUGUCUGACCGAAGACGAUGAAAGUGCAAAUGAGAGCGUAGUCCUACGCUGUGUGGAAUGUAGAGCUUUGUCACAUCUGGCUUGCAUUGAAGGAUGGCUGGACCAGAGGGACACGGGAUUCAACGCGUCGUGUUGUGUUUGUCGCAGCGAGGGAGCUCUGGAAGCCUUUAUCCGCCCUCGCAGGGGCGUGUCGACCGGCACUGGAGCAUGUGCUAAUGACACCACCGCAGACGUGCCUCAGACCACCAGGAAUACGCAACCCAGCCAUUUGGCUCCGACUGAGGAACGGUCUAGAUCAGCGGCGGGGCGCCAGGGUUCAAUGGCGGCGAACAAUAACCGUCGGUCAGCAAGGCUGGGAGCACUACGUCGUCAGUUCCCAGAGCCUCAUCAGCAUGGAUUCCUUCGUCGAUCAGCGAGAUUAUCCAAUUUAGGCAGCGGACAAUAG